AAUCAUGUUUUCAACGCAAUCAUCAUUAUUCAAUGAUAUACGUUAUCAUCAAUAUUAUCAACAAUUUCCAAAUGGGCAUUAUAACCAUACGAUUAAUGAUUUUCGAAAAUUUCCCGGUAUAACAAAUAUUUUUGAAUUUGAAAAAUGGUUUGCUAGAAAUUUUCCUCGAAUUAUGUCAUUAUCAAAUGAAUAUUGGCAUUAUUCCAUUUAUAUUUCUGUUAUUUAUUUGAUUAUUAUACAAAUAUUAAUACGUUUGAUGAAAUCAACAACAACAAAUUAUGGUUUUCAAUUAAAACAUCAAUUAAUCAUAUGGAAUUUAAUAAUGACAAUAUUUUCAUUGAUUGCAAGCAUUCGUUGUUUACCUGAAUUUAUUUUUGUUUUAAAAAAUUAUGGUUUCAUUUAUUCAUAUACACAAAAUACCUAUGGAAAGGAUAUUCGUCUUUGUAUUUGGUAUUUAUUUUUUACCUUAUCCAAAGUACCUGAAUUAAUUGAUACCAUAUUUAUUGUAUUACGUAAACGUCCAUUAAGAAAAUUACAUUGGAUACAUCAUACAUUAACAUUAAUUUAUUCAUGGUUUGUUUUUGGUGAUGUACCAUCAACAGCACGGUGGAUGGUUAAUAUGAAUUUGAUUGUACAUACAUUAAUGUAUUCAUAUUAUGCAUUAACAUCAAUGGGUUAUCGUCUGCCACGACCAGUUAAUAUAACAUUAACAUCAAUGCAAAUCAUACAAAUGUUAUUUGGUUUUUAUAUUCAUUUGGAUUGUUUACGACGAAAAAUAUUCGGUCAACCAUGUGAUGUUAGCCUAGCUGUUGCUAUUACCGGAUUCUCUUUGUAUACAUUAUUUUUCCUGAUGUUUUUGGAUUUCUUUAUACGAACCUAUCUUUUUAAAAACAAAAUCAACAAAAAUGAUCAACGAACAAAAGUAUCCAACAACAAUAAUAUUAACGAAUCUUUUAAUGAAUUAUCAACGGAGAAAAAAAUUUCCUAAAAUUGUUCAUUUUCUUAGCCACAAGAUGGCGAUAGCUAAUUCAAAUUUAAAUUUUAUAAAUUUUUUCAAAAAAUUAAUAAUUUUUUCAAAUUACUUUACAAUUAGCCAAGAAAAAAAGGCCAAAAUAAUAAUAAU